AGUAAGAUUUGCUUCGAGAAGGAAGAAGGAAUUUGUGUGCCUCUGAUUUCUUCUGCUCAUUUGACACGACACAGAAAGAAAGGUGUCGUCGGGUCCCGUACCAGUAAAAAGUACGCGUAGGAGACGUGACUUUGACUUUGUCGCCCCAUUCCUACCUUCGUAUCCUCUUGUGACAUAGUUCGUUGUAUAAUUGAGGGUGGAAUUAUUAGUGUGUCAAAGAACAAAGAACGAGAGGGGAACGAUCUGAAAUUAUAUAAGUUUUUUACAUUAAAAAAUCAUCUUGUUAAUAUUUUUAUUUCCUAAUUAAUUUCAAAUUAACUAUACGGAUUGUUAUUUGUUUAAUUGUCCAGAUAUUUUGUUUUGGGACAAUUUUUGUUCCAUGUCAAGCAACAAAUUGACGAGGGGAGCGAUCUGAAAUUAUGAAUUUUACAUUUUUUUAAAUCCUGUUAAUAUUUUUAUUUCGUAUUUACACAACUUCAAAUUGACCAAGGAUUGUUAAUUGUCCAGAAUUUUAGAACUAUAAAUCUCGGAUUUUUGUCAAAUUUUUUGUAAGAAUGGCGUAUCACGGACCUUCGUACGGACUGAGUCGCGAGUGCCAUUUGAAAGCUCAAGCGAAAUUUAACUUGGACCGUGCCAAAGAAGCCGUCACGUGGGUUGAGGCGGUCGUCAAUCGAAACCUGACCUCGGAGAGUAAUAACAACAACGGGAAUCACAACGGCUUCGACGGGGUUCGAGAUCAGCUCGAUUUCGCCGUCAAAUUAAAGGACGGCGUCGCCUUGUGCGAAUUGAUUAACAAACUGUGCCCAAAUGCUGUCAAGAAAAUUAACACGUCUCCUGCCCCAUUUAAACAGCGUGAAAAUUUAGAAAUGUUUCUCAAAGGGUGUGAAACUUAUGGGAUGAAAUCACAAGAUUUAUUUCAAGUGAAUGACUUGUACGAGAAUAAAAACUUGUACAUGGUCGUCGACUGCUUGUUCUCGUUGGGUGGAAUGGCACAAAAGAAUGGCUUUGACGGUGCCCGACUGGGAGUGAGGGUUUCGAAUGAAAACAAGAGGAAUUUCACCCCGGAAAAGUUGGCCGAGAGCAAUAAAAUAAUCGGGUUGCAGUACGGCAGCAAUCGAGGGGCGAGCCAAGCUGGAAUGGGGUCGUUUGGAAACUCGAGGAAAAUUCUUCCCGAUGAAUUUAUGCGCCAUUAAUGGAUUGGUAAAAAUGUAAAAUUGCGUAAUGUAUAUUUAUUAAAUGGGUUAAUUUUAAAGUAGGUUAAUUAAUGAUGAUGAUGAUGCCAAAUUAUAAAUAUGUCGCAUUUAUUAUGCUUUAGUUACUUAAAAGCUUUAAUUAUACAUAGGUUAUUUACAUAAUUAUGUAAUUGCUUCAGAUGACCGAAAAUAUGACAUGUACAUAAAUUUAAAAUAUCUUAUUUUUAGCAGAUUUUAUAUAUAUUUAAUAAUUUAUUGGGACAGAUCAAGCCAUACAUUUACUUUGUUUUAGUUAGUAGAUUAUUACCCAUAAUUAUGCAAAUUUGUUGGGAAAUUACUGCUCGAAAUUAUUAGAACAGAGCCAAACGCGAAAUGGAAAUUAGCUAAAAGUAAAUCUAAUUUAACCACGGUUUGUGUUUCGGGUCCAAGAAACUACUUCCCUUUGCGGUGCAAGAAGUGUAGCAAAUCCGCAAGAAACGAAACACUUCUUUCGAAAACUACUUAUAAAAUUGUCGUAAAUAAUUGCCAUAAUUAAUUAACUUCAAGUCGCCAACACAAAUUGGGAGUCAAUUACGUAAUUCAUGUGUCAUAUAAAACUAGUAAAAGGUGAAGAAUUCUAAAAAUUGGUGCCAAUAAAAACCAUCCACAAUUAUAAAUACUUGUUGUUAAAAUUAAUAAUUAUUCAGUUAACACUACAUACAUAUAUUUAUAUAUUUGAAAAUAGUAUGAAGUUUAAUGGGAAAAUUGUAGCUUAAUUUUUUUAAAGUGCUCAACAAUUAAAUAAUUUAUGAAUAUAAAUAAAUUGCAAUUUCAACAAA